AUGAAAGACUUGAAACAAGUUAUCCUCAGUGUUUUCUGUUUGUUGAACCAAGUAAACCAAAGAGAUGCUCGAGAAAUUAAUCCAAGCCCUUCAGUGGGCCCGGGAAGGCUCUCUCGUCGUAACAUCCCACAAGAAUGGGGACAUGCAAAAGAAGUACAAUUGGUCAACGCGCUUUACAAGAAAGAUAAUCCCUUAGGAAUUGUAGACGCCGUUUAUUCAUUCCUAGGUGAUAAAAGUGCCACAGAAGGUGCUGGCAAGUUUGACAAGACAAAGUUACAUUGCAUGAAGAAGUUCAUCGCCGAUACUGCAUUUUCCGUAGCUAAAAAAGCAGACGAUAAGCGUGGAAUGACGGCUAGUAUCAUUGUUGCAUCACUUGAACGCAACGCACCUUGUGUGGGAUGUGUAGGUAAAGAUUGUACCGAUAAAUUUACUAACCCAGAAAUAACUAGGGUAAUCAUGCAUCAAGAUGCAGCAUCUAAGGACGCCGAUAAAGUUAAUAAAGAAGCUACAUUGAGUGUAGCAAAGUCUUUGGUGGACAUUGACGUAGAUCCAAUCAUGGCCCUUCUCUCUUGCACUUGGCCGGCUGGAACCCCAAAUACGUCAAAUGCAGCUGGAUUGAGUUGUGAUGAUCCAAAAGAUCCACAAGGAUGUAUCAUCACUAAGCAUCUCUUGAAUUCGAAAAAUUUACUCACAAUGCCAAAAUUUCGUAUACAUCUUAAAUUAUAUCAGCAUCUUGACUUUACUCCGAAAGAACUCGUGGCAAAAUUAGAACCUUAUUUGAAGGAAAAAGGAAAGACUCUUCCAAAGAGCAAGCUACUCGACGUACCAUUUACUGGUGAGGGGCUUUGA